CAGGAUAUUCUCAAGUCAGGUGAGCUCCCGUCCGUCAGCUCUAGCUCCUCAUGCAGGGACAUGGGAGAAGCCUCUCGGCAAGAUGGUAACACCACUUGCAGGAUAUUCUCAAGUCAGGUGAGCUCCCGUCCGUCAGCUCUAGCUCCUCAUGCAGGGACAUGGGAGAAGCCUCUCGGCAAGAUGGUAAGACCACUUGCAGGAUAUUCUCAAGUCAGGUGAGCUCCCGUCCGUCAGCUCUAGCUCCUCAUGCAGGGACAUGGGAGAAGCCUCUCGGCAAGAUGGUAACACCACUUGCAGGAUAUUCUCAAGUCAGGUGAGCUCCCGUCCGUCAGCUCUAGCUCCUCAUUCAGGGACAUGAGAAGCCUCCCAGCAGGAUGGUAACACAUCCGGGAAAUGUCUUUGUAGACGGCCAACUCUCUCACACCAGAAGCGACUUGCAGGAAGUUCUACAUUCACUUCUGAUACAGCCAGGGCUGGAUGAUGUUCCGUCCCAGAGUCUGGAGAAGUUACUUUUCCAAAGGGUUUUGGGCUCCCAGGAGUUGCAGACGGGGCUGGCAAGGAGUUGCCGGGGCUCCUGCUGGGAAAAGCCACGGCUCUUUCUUAUUAUUACGCGAGUUUUAUGCAACCGUUCUUGGCCUGUUUCCAGGACGGGUUCAGAGGCUUCAAGGCCUCCCAUCACACGACGCAACAGGAUUUUUUUGUCCCUGGGUUAUAAAUGCCGUUUCCUAAUCAGUUCUGUCAUAAAAACAUGGAGGGAAAGUUUAUUAAAGUGCCAAAAAUUUGUCUUUUGCGGGAGGGACAUCAUCCCGCAGCAGAUUUCAAUGAAUGCCUCCUCAUCAAGACGCAACCAAUUGCAUCAUACUUUGUAGCAGCCACAAAAACAAAGUUUCUGGAGUAGAAUAACUACAGUAGAGUUCCAGUUAUCCGACUUCCAGUUAUCCGAUGUACCGUAUUAUCCGAUGUUCCAGGCCGCGUGGCCCAGGGAUGAGACUCUUCCCUCCAGCAAGGACCCGGCACUUUGGAGAAGCCCGGUGUGUGUUGAUGCCUAGCAACAUGCUCCGGGCUUCUCCAAACUGGGUGCUUGCCGGAGGGACGAGACUUUUUUCUUCGGAAAGCAAAUGAUCGGGCCUCCCUAUUAUCCGACAGUUUCGGUUAUCCGUAUUAUCCGAUGUUCCAGGCCGCAUGGCCCAGGGUGCUUGCUGGAGGGACGAGACUCUUCCCUCCAGCAAGGACCCGGCACUUUGGAGAAGCCUGGUGCAUGUUGCUGCCUAGUAACCAGGUGCUUGCCGGAGAGACAAGACUCCUCCCUCCAGCAAGACUUUUCCCUUCAGCAAGCACCUGGCUUGCCGGGAGAGAUGAUAGGGCCUCCCUAUUAUCCGACAGUUUCGGUUAUCCAUAUUAUCUGAUGUUCCAGGCCGCAUGGCCCAGGGUGCUUGCUGGAGGGACGAGACUCUUCCCUCCAGCAAGGACCCGGCACUUUGGAGAAGCCUGGUGCAUGUUGCUGCCUAGUAACCAGGUGCUUGCCGGAGAGACAAGACUCCUCCCUCCAGCAAGACUUUUCCCUUCGGCAAGCACCCGGCUUGCCGGGAGAGAUGAUAGGGCCUCCCUAUUAUCCGACAGUUUCGGUUAUCCGUAUUAUCCGAUGUUCCAGGCCGCAUGGCCCAGGGUGCUUGCUGGAGGGACGAGACUUUUCCCUCCAGCAAGGACCCGGCACUUUGGAGAAGCCUGGUGCAUGUUGCUGCCUAGUAACCAGGUGCUUGCCGGAGAGACAAGACUCCUCCCUCCAGCAAGACUUUUCCCUUCGGCAAGCACCCGGCUUGCCGGGAGAGAUGAUAGGGCCUCCCUAUUAUCCGACAGUUUCGGUUAUCCAUAUUAUCUGAUGUUCCAGGCCGCAUGGCCCAGGGUGCUUGCUGGAGGGACGAGACUCUUCCCUCCAGCAAGGACCCGGCACUUUGGAGAAGCCUGGUGCAUGUUGCUGCCUAGUAACCAGGUGCUUGCCGGAGAGACAAGACUCCUCCCUCCAGCAAGACUUUUCCCUUCGGCAAGCACCCGGCUUGCCGGGAGAGAUGAUAGGGCCUCCCUAUUAUCCGACAGUUUCGGUUAUCCGUAUUAUCCGAUGUUCCAGGCCGCAUGGCCCAGGGUGCUUGCUGGAGGGACGAGACUUUUCCCUCCAGCAAGGACCCGGCACUUUGGAGAAGCCUGGUGCAUGUUGCUGCCUAGUAACCAGGUGCUUGCCGGAGAGACAAGACUCCUCCCUCCAGCAAGACUUUUCCCUUCGGCAAGCACCCGGCUUGCCGGGAGAGAUGAUAGGGCCUCCCUAUUAUCCGACAGUUUUGGUUAUCCGUAUUAUCCGAUGUUCCAGGCCGCAUGGCCCAGGGUGCUUGCUGGAGGGACGAGACUCUUCCCUCCAGCAAGGACCCGGCACUUUGGAGAAGCCUGGUGCAUGUUGCUGCCUAGUAACCAGGUGCUUGCCGGAGAGACAAGACUCCUCCCUCCAGCAAGACUUUUCCCUUCGGCAAGCACCCGGCUUGCCGGGAGAGAUGAUAGGGCCUCCCUAUUAUCCGACAGUUUCGGUUAUCCGUAUUAUCCGAUGUUCCAGGCCGCAUGGCCCAGGGUGCUUGCUGGAGGGACGAGACUUUUCCCUCCAGCAAGGACCCGGCACUUUGGAGAAGCCUGGUGCAUGUUGCUGCCUAGUAACCAGGUGCUUGCCGGAGAGACAAGACUCCUCCCUCCAGCAAGACUUUUCCCUUCAGCAAGCACCUGGCUUGCCGGGAGAGAUGAUAGGGCCUCCCUAUUAUCCGACAGUUUUGGUUAUCCGUAUUAUCCGAUGUUCCAGGCCGCAUGGCCCAGGGUGCUUGCUGGAGGGACGAGACUCUUCCCUCCAGCAAGGACCCGGCACUUUGGAGAAGCCUGGUGCAUGUUGCUGCCUAGUAACCAGGUGCUUGCCGGAGAGACAAGACUCCUCCCUCCAGCAAGACUUUUCCCUUCGGCAAGCACCCGGCUUGCCGGGAGAGAUGAUAGGGCCUCCCUAUUAUCCGACAGUUUCGGUUAUCCGACGUUUGGCCCGCCCGUUUAUGUCGGAUAAUCGGAACUCUACUGCACUUUCAAAGUAAGGACUGCAUCAUUAAACAGGAAAUAAUACUUCCAAACCAGGACCCAGACACCCGGGACAGGCCUCUGGGGUGAAGGCUAGUGGUUGUCCUCGUUGUACAUCGUGAGGUGUAACCCAAGGAAGCCUCACUAGGGCAGUGGGGUCGCCUUUUCGGAGUGUGUUUGUGUUAUAUUUGGGGGGUGGGCUAUUCCGUGCUUUGUGACCUUUGACCCUCCUCUUUCCUUCUCCCCCAAA